AUGGACUCUCUCUUUCCUCUAACCUAAAAGCCAUUUUCCCACAAGAAAACAAAUGCUCCGCGAACUAUCCCAAAGGGAGGACACAGCAUUUGUCAGGCUUCUCCUUUCCUCGCCUUUCCCUCUGAGAAAAGAGCUCUUUGAAAGGGAGGUAAAUCCAGCUGGAGAAACCAGAGCGACCGCGCCUUAUUAAGACGGAUGCAUUCUGUGGUGUGUCGUUCGACAAGAUGGCUGCCCUACAAGACGGGUCUUCCUGCAAAGGAAAAAUCUUCAUUCUGACCGUUCUUUUAGCCUGGACAACAAACCAAGUUCUUGCAAAUGGACUCAGGGCCAGACCAUUCCCACCUGUCCCGUGGAUCGUGGAGAUCGAGUGCUCGGGUCGCACGCUGGACGCUGAUGUGGAUGUGUUGUCGAUGUCGCUGUACGACAAGGACGCCAACGAGGUGUUGGCCACGCUCAACCUCAAGACCGGGGACUGUACCACGACUCGCAGGUUCUCGUCCUGCACGAGAAGUCAGCGGGCUCGCACGACUCCCGCAUCAGCAUUCUCUUUGCUGACAUCGCUGGUGACGCCACCAAGUCAGUCGGUUGUGACGUCACCACGCUGCGCUCCGGGGAGAGGCCGAGCAUCACGUCAUGGUUUUUGUCGGUGACGCCGCCACGUAUGUAUU